AUGUCGAGUGCAGAGCCAGCCGUGUCUACUGCUGGAGGCAACGAGAGUGACACAUCAGAACAAGGAAGGAGCGAAGCGAGUUCAUCCAGCCAAGAUACUUCCCCAACCAACGAGAGUGACACGACAGAACAAGGAAGGAGCGAAGCGAGUUCAUCCAGCCAAGAUACUUCCCCAACCAACGAGAGUGACACGACAGAACAAGGAAGGAGUGAAGCGAGUUCAUCCAGCAAAGAUACGUCCCCGACCAAGGAUACAUCGCCAGAGGAAGAAGACGCUCCUGUUGAAGUUGAGGAAUAUAAAUACAUCACAUGGACCAAAACAAUAAGCUCGAAGAAGAGGUUCAAGACCAAGUACUCAAAAGAGUGUGACGAGCUAAAAGCUCUCAUUGCAAGACUAUGGCCUAAAGUUCGUGGCUAUCAUCCUGAAGUUAUCGUCCGCCACAAAGACGGACCAAAUUAUCUCGUCGACGUAGCUGAUGCGGAUGACAAAGACUCGGAGGAUAAGAUUACGCUAUUACCGCAAGGCGAGCUCCCUUCGAAACCGAAGCUUAGAGUUGCAAUCAUGGACUUGAUUGAGGAACUAAAGUCCCUGGACGAAGAUAAGAGCUGGAAUGCGGUUGAUUUGGAGGACGUCGACGCCGUUGAGGCAGAAACUGGAAUUCUCAAGGAGCGUUUGCAGGCCACAUGUCCGGAACGCUGGGAGCUGCGGGGAAAACCGAAGGGAAAACCACCAGUAUGGCAUUCGAUAAUCGAAAAAACGAAGGAUGGUCGACACUGGGAACGCAUUGGUUCGAAAGACUUUGACUCGGAGCUCAAGAUGGCUCUAUGGAUGAGGAGGCAAGUGAAAAGAGCGCUACUUGCUUCCCUGGAUACAGCGAAGAACGAUCAGCCAAAGAGGGAGUCGGCAAAGAAGGAUUUGCCAAAGAAAGAUUCGGCGAAGAAACCACAGAGAAACGGUUACUGGGUGAGGAACCAAAAAAAGUGA